UCAGACGUCCACCCGGUUAGUCCCUCUCCGCGCGUUGUAGCGGUCAAACGCGUGUUGCAUUAUGAUAUUUUCGUAAAUAUCGUUACCAUUUGUUUGAAACAAUCGCCCAGCUGACUGUGACUUAACAAUAACUGACUUCCAAACUGUACCCGGAUUCUUUUGAAGUUGUCCCACGUGUAAUUCAAGUGGGAGCGAUCGUCAAACAGUGAAGAAAUCUUCGGUGUCUGAAUGUAAAAAUACACGCGUCGUCGUCUGUUUCCAAAGCGUGUGACUGAUCGAUACUUUUAAAUGAUAACAUGGAUUCAAUUAGGUGUUGUUUAAGACAUCGGUGAAGUUUGUGUUAAUUAAUACAGUGUUGUGCUUUGCGUGGAAUUUAGUGUCCGCUCGGUUGAGAAACGAUGCGGUUAGCGUAGGUGGGCGCGUCAAGAUGCGUGCGUGGGCACUGGCGUGGGCGCUGGUGGGCGCGCUGGCGGGCGCGCGCGCGGCGCCUCGCUGCGAGGAGAUCACCAUCCCCAUGUGCCGCGGUAUCGGCUACAACCUCACCGCCUUCCCCAACUCGCUGGACCACGACACGCAGGAGGAGGCGGGCCUGGAGGUUCACCAGUACUGGCCCCUCGUGGAGAUCAAGUGCUCGGCCGACCUGAAGUUCUUCCUGUGCUCCGUGUACACGCCCAUCUGCAUCGAGGACUACGCCAAGCCGCUGCCGGCGUGCCGCAGCGUGUGCGAGCGCGCGCGCGCUGGCUGCGCGCCGCUCAUGCAGAAGUACGGCUUCCAGUGGCCCGAGCGCAUGGCGUGCGAGCGCCUGCCGCGCCUCGGCGACCCCGACCACCUGUGCAUGGAGGAGACGGAGCGCGCGCAGGAGCCCGAGCCGCGCCCGCCGCCGCGCCGCCCGCACAAGAACAACUGCAAGGAUCCAAAAAACUGCGAGGCGCCGGCUGCCGGCGCGGCCGACGGCGCGGGCGCGGGCGCCGAGUGCGCGUGCGCGUGCCGCCCGCCGCUCGUGAGCCUGCGCCACGCGCACAACGCCAGCGCGCGCGCGGCGCCCGGCGUGCCGGCGGGCUGCGCGCUGCCGUGCCGCGGCGCCUUCUUCACGCGCGAGGAGAAGGAGUUCGCGGCCGUGUGGGUGGCGCUGUGGGCCGGCCUGUGCGCCGCCUCCACGCUCAUGACGCUCACCACGUUCCUCAUCGACUCGCAGCGCUUUAAGUACCCCGAGCGGCCCAUCGUGUACCUCUCCGCCUGCUACUUCAUGGUGGCGCUGGGCUACCUGGCGCGCCUGGCGCUGGGCCACGAGGCGGUGGCGUGCGACGGCGCGCUGCUGCACACGUCGGCGGCGGGGCCCAGCGCCUGCACGCUGGUCUUCGUGCUGGUGUACUUCUUCGGCAUGGCGUCGUCCAUCUGGUGGGUGGUGCUGUCGUUCGCGUGGUUCCUGGCCGCCGGCCUCAAGUGGGGCAACGAGGCCAUCGCCGGCCACGCCACCUACUACCACCUGGCGGCGUGGCUGGUGCCCGCCGCUAAGACCGUGGCCGUACUGCUGGCGGGCGCCGUGGACGGCGACCCCGUGGCUGGCGUGUGCUACGUGGGCAACACGUCGCCCGCCAACCUGCGCAAGUUCGUGCUGGCGCCGCUCGUGGUGUACUUCGCGCUGGGCGCCACGUUCCUGCUGGCCGGCUUCGUGUCGCUGUUCCGCAUCCGCUCCGUCAUCAAGCGGCAAGGCGGCGCGGGCGCGGGCUGCAAGGCCGACAAGCUGGAGAAGCUCAUGAUCCGCAUCGGCGUGUUCAGCGUGCUGUACGCCGUGCCGGCCGGCGUGGUGAUCGGCUGUCUGGCGUACGAGGCGGGCGGGCGCGAGCGCUGGCUGCGGCGCGUGGCGUGCGGCGCGGCGUGCGGCCCGCGCCCCGUGUACUCGGCGCUCAUGCUCAAGUACUUCAUGGCGCUGGCCGUGGGCAUCACGUCGGGCGUGUGGAUCUGGUCGGGCAAAACGCUGGAGAGCUGGCGGCGCGUGUGGCGCGGCGGCCGCGCGCCCCCGCCCGCGCACCGCGCGCUCGUCAAGGGUGCCGUGUGACGCGCGGCGGGGCCGCCCGCGCCCGUCGCGCCGCCGCCUCUACCGCCGCCUGCGUCCCUCCCGCCGCCCGCGUCCCUGCCCGCCACCGCGCCCUCCGCGCGCUCCGCGCAGCCGCUCUCCGACUACGGGCCCGUCUAGACCCGACCGCACCAUACGCACCACUCGGAGGACCCGUCCAGUGAUCUAUGGACUAUGGGGUUUUUGAGAGCAGUCAAUGAGGCGAAAUUUUAAAACAUUAAAGAUGCACCAAUCUGCUCUAAGGAGGACAUCAUCGAUUUAAGAAAAAUUAAGCCGCUUAAAACUCAUUUUUUGGAGUAUACACAUCUGGUCAGACCCAUCUAAAAGAUAGAUAAAAACUACAUUCAAAGAUUUUAAAAAUCUCAUACAAAUCUGUUAAGAAUUUACCCCACUUUAUCUCUAAAAAAAAAAAAUAAUUGUAGUGCGGGAGUCGAUUGAGUAUGUUUUAAAAAAUUGUAAGGUAAACCUUGACAAACCUUAACAAUUAAAUUCUGUCAAAUAUUCUCAUUGACCGCUCAAAAAAAGCACCUAUAUCUUGUAUACUUAUUGAACUAUGCAAGUGUUUAACUACAAUAAUACGUACUUACCUGUGUUGAUACAAUAAACUUACCCGACAAAACAGUGCAAACCAUCUCAAACUAUGAUGCUGCUCAACUAACCGGUCCUCUAAGUGCGCUGCUUCUAAAAUAUGUGCCAUUGAAUAAACAUGAACUUGAGGUGAAGUGUAAAAGUUUAACAAUUAUGAUAAGACGAUAAGCUCUCGACGUUUACUUGAGAUGUAUGAACUGUGAAACGUUGUGAGUGAGGGAACGUAGUGUCUAGUCCUAGCGUGUGUACACACACACACAUAUACGUAAUAGUGUAAGAACGGCGGUGGCGUCCGAGCCCGCAUCGCUUCUCGAAAUUUCCAAAGUAGUGUCACUUGAGAGUGCUUUACGAAAAGCUGGUACCAUGUCAUAGACUAUAUUCUAAUUUUUGUUUUCUAUAUUUUGAGUUUUGGAACCAUUUAGUGUCUAUUCCCAUCAUUCUUGCAUGUUUAAGGUCAUAGCUCAUUAGAACCACCCGGCAUCAGACCAGCACCACUUCGUUGUUCGGCGUCCACUCGUUGUCAACUAGUGGUUUCGGUUGUCCACCAGUUUACUUCGCGUUUUCAUCGAAUGAAUGUCGCCUCUAGGUCGAUUCCGGGAAACCUGUAUCAAUCAUUAUUACAAUCGCAAUUGUUAUGCUUGGCUGAUGGUAUUCUUGUUGCAUUAAUGCAUAGUAACCAAUAAUGAGUGAGCGUCAAUCACAGAUGAUUGAGAUCGUGGCAUUGUAGCUGUCAUUCUAACGCACUCGAGCCUGGAUGGAUCUGGAUUUACGAAUGGAGAGUGAGCAUCGCGUGGUCCACAAAUUUGAGACUAGAUCUACGCGUGAUCUAAGGUCCACUACGGAGUUAGGUAUCCGUGCGUUGGCAGUGAGCAGCCAACGUAAGGCAAACAUGCCAGCAGACUCGCCGUCCAUGAGUUGACAGCUUGCGAGCGAGACCCGACGCGAUUGACGAGAACAUAUAUUGAAAGUAUGUCCAUAGAAGUCCAUAUAAAGAAUACUAACCGUCCGCGAUGCGAGGCAGUGCUAGUCGGAUGCCAGAUGCGUUUAAUAAACUAUGACCUUUAUCUUGUAAAACAUGCACUAAACUGGCACUAAAUUAUGCCUAGUUUUCUCAUCAGUCGCCAUGUUUAGCGACCUUAUUGUAAGAAAGGAAGAAGGCAUUAAGUGGUAUUUACCUGAUUAUUCUACCAGUGCUCGGGAGAUGAUUAUCUUGAUAAUGAUUGACUAGAUUAGAAAAUGUGCACAUUAGUAAUUUAACUCAUUUCAGUACAACUUGCUGCUUAAAUUAUCUUCAAAGAAGUAUGAUACAAAUAUCUUGAUCUUUAAAAAUAUGUAGGCACUACGUUUUUGAAAAUAAUUUAAACUAGUACAGAGAUGACUGAUUAAGGCUGAUUAACACUGCCAAUCGCGAACACAAUAAAAAGUAGUAAUUUACUAAUGAAUGUUAAAUUAAAAUAUUCCAUGAAAAUUUUCCAAUUUAGUGUCUGUAUAGUAAAAAAUUAUUAUAAGUUUUUGUAAAUUAAGUCACCUGUAAAUAAAUAUAAUGUACGAUGUGAUUAUUAAAGCUAUUUAAUCACGGGAAUAUAGUAAAUUGAGAAAAAUAACCUGAAAUGCGUGAAGUUACGCGUUGAUUUUGUAAAUAGCGCCAUCUAUUGAAUGAUAAUGUAAGUGCGAUUGCGUACAGUCACCGACAGAUGGCUUUAAAACAUUCUAGUAGCGCCACCUGUGGACGAAUAGCUGACUAAUACUGCCAUCUAUUAUCUAGUAGUAGUACUAAUUUUCAUGUGAUGGUUUUGAGAUUAUGGAACCUCAUAUGAAGUGCAAUAAUUUUGUAUAUCUUUCUAUGUAAAUGUAAUUAUUAACGAGAAGUGGGAUGUUCAUGUAUACACGGACACCGCAGCCGAUAAAUCAUCAUAUUGUAAUUUAUUUUAUAUCCUAACUGUAGAUAAAUAAAGUGACUUUUUUUAUGUA